AUGGAGAUCCGGUUACAAAAGCACGUGCCAAACCACGCAACGUUGUCACCAAAGAAGUCCUGCCUUAAGCCAUCAACAUCCACAACUAGUACGCCCACUGAUUCGGACGACGACGUGGGCACCGAGACGCGCCCCAAAGAAUUCAAAUGGGUGAGGUUUAUCGUCUUGGCAGAAAUCAUCGAUAUCGACGGAGUCGACGUAUUUAUCCCCGACUACCAAGCCAAAGAACUCGACAACAUAGAAACAGAAAGCGACGACAGUUCACCAGAAUUUAUGGCCCAAGAUGAAGAAAUAGAACGUCGACUCAACAGAGCCACAGACAUCUGCGAAGCGAACGAGCGAGCUUCCCUCAUCCGUGGCUCGCUGGAUUUCCUCAUGGUGAUUUGCAAUGGAUUCAGUUACAAGCCUAAUCGAGUCCCCAUCAUCCUGGAACGCCUAGGGCCUCGAAGCAUCGGAAGCUAUGUCGGUAAAGAGAGGGAGUUUACGGAAUGCCGAUACUCGUUGCAUGAGGUACCAGAGGACCUAUACCGCGACAAGGAAACCAGCAUGUCGUGGGGGGCGGGGUGGGGAUAUAAAUAUGAAGCUACGGAGUAG